UUCUCUCUUUUGUCUCCGUCCUUCCCAACUCAUAUUUCUCUCCCUGUUAGUCUCACGGCCGCCUCCCAAUCUUCUUUUUCCUCUCUAAUGCUACCACUCCUAAUCUCUCUCUCCUCCAGUUUCACGCAUGUAUCUCUUUUAUGUAUACAUCCCUCUGCCAUUUCCAUCUAUGUCGAAACUAUCUGCCAAGGAGGAUAGUGCCAGUAAGUCUCUAAUAUACUUUGUCCUUACCAUCCUGUCUCUCGAGAUCCCUUCCCCAUAAAACUACCUUACAGACAAUUGAAGUGCUUUGCCACUGUUAUUUGCCAAUUACCACCAAAUGAACUAAUGAAGUGCUUUCCCGCUGUUAUUUGCCAAUUACCACCGUCGUAUGGUAGUCAAAGGAAACGACAAUUAGUGCUUUAACGUAUAAGCAUCUUGAUUCCCCAUAAUGACAGACCUUGAGGCCUCCAAGCCACAAAAGAGGAAGAAAGGCUGGGUGGACAUCUUGGUUAAUUUUCGCUGGAUUAUAGUUAUUUUUGUAGUUCUCCCGUUCUCAUUCAGUUUCUACUUCAUCCAAUAUCUUGGAGACAAACGAUCAGAGAGGAAGUCGUACAAGCAGCGGCAGAUUGAACAUGAAGAAAAUGUCCAGAAAGUUGUUGAACGCCUCAAACAGAGAAACCCUUCGAAGGAUGGUCUUGUCUGCACUGCCCGCAAGCCAUGGCUUGCAGUUGGAAUGCGAAAUGUUGACUACAAACGAGCACGACACUUUGAGGUUGAUCUAUCGGCUUUCCGAAACAUACUUGACAUCGACAAGGAGAGAAUGAUUGCAAAAGUUGAGCCCCAUGUGAACAUGGGACAAAUAUCUAGAGCCACAAUUCCAAUGAACCUUUCACUUGCAGUGGUGGCCGAGCUCGAUGACCUUACUGUUGGUGGCCUCAUCAAUGGCUAUGGCAUUGAAGGAAGCUCCCAUAUCUAUGGUCUUUUCUCUGAUACUGUUGUGGCCUAUGAGAUUGUUCUUGCAGAUGGCAGGGUCGUAAGAGCAACCAAGGAUAACGAAUACUCAGAUCUUUUCUAUGCCAUCCCAUGGUCUCAAGGAACUUUGGGCUUUCUUGUGUCUGCUGAGAUCAAACUCAUACAUAUAAAGGAAUAUAUGAAACUAACUUACCUACCUGUGAAAGGAAACCUACAGGAGAUUGGGCAGGCGUACAUGGACUCAUUUACGCCUAGAGACCUAGAUCAAGAUAACCCCGAGAAAGUUCCCGAUUUUGUAGAAACCAUGAUUUAUUCUCCUACCGAAGCCGUGUGCAUGACAGGAAGAUAUGCAUCCAAAGAAGAGGCCAAGAAGAAAGGGAAUGUGAUCAACAACAUUGGUUGGUGGUUCAAACCUUGGUUUUACCAGCAUGCACAAAAAUCACUGAAAAAUGGGGAGUUUGUGGAAUAUAUCCCAACAAGAGAGUACUAUCACAGGCACACCAAAUCUUUGUACUGGGAGGGAAAGCUUAUCCUUCCUUUUGCCGACCAAUGGUGGUUUCGGUUUUUCUUGGGAUGGAUGAUGCCUCCCAAGGUGUCUCUACUGAAGGCUACUCAAGGUGAAGCUAUCAGAAACUAUUACCAUGAGAUGCAUAUUGUCCAAGACAUGCUUGUGCCUCUUCGAAGAAUCGGAGAUACUUUGGAGUGGAUCCACAGGGAGAUGGAGGUAUACCCAUUAUGGCUGUGCCCCCACAGAUUGUUUAAACCCCCAAUGAAAACAAUGGUGUCUCCUGAACCAGGAUUUGAGCUGCAACUCAAGCAGGGCGACACCCCUUAUGCUCAGAUGUACACAGAUAUUGGAGUUUACUAUGCUCCAGGGCCCGUCCUGAGGGGCGAAGUUUAUGAUGGUGUACAGGCAGUUCGCAACAUGGAGAACUGGCUUAUUGAAAUCCAUGGUUUCCAACCACAGCACUCUGUGACCGAAAUGAGUGAGAAAGAGUUUUGGAAAAUGUUCGAUUCCGAACUUUACGAGGCAUGCCGAAAGAAGUAUGGAGCCAUAGGGACGUUUAUGCAUGUUUAUUACAAAUGUAAGAAGGGGAGGAAGACUGAGAAGGAAGUAGAGGAAGCUGAAAAAGCUCAAGCUGAAACCGCUUAUGCUGAUGUAGAGCAAGCAGGUGAGUGA